UAAUCAAUUUACGGCAACACAUGGCAGAGAGAGGCAGAAUUUGAACCUUUUUAGGCUCAGCGUAGUUAGUCGCUUGUCACGACUCUGCCUCGGAAAAGGGGCAGAGCUCAGCCCCCCUCGUCUUACCAACACACGGAGCGUCCAUAGGCAGUAAACAAUGUGAUGAGUCACCGCGGAGUGGAGCUCGGGUUGCAUUUGUUCUCCGUCAAAUCGUGCCGUAAAGGAGGUUUCUCCGGGUAUGGCCGCGGAACUUCCAAACACCAUCGAGGAGGAGGUGGAAGAGAUGCGCGCGCGCGCCGCCCCCAACCCUCCAACACAGGUCCACAUGAAUAUGUAUGCUGUGCCCAGCCCGGGAAUACCAGGCUGCCCACCAGGCUUAGAAUAUCUCACACAGGUGGAUCAGCUGCUCAUCAAACAGAAAGUUGAGCUUGUGGAAGGUAGAGUAUGUUUUUGUAUCCAUUCAGCAGCACAGUUAACAGUUUAUUCACGCGCUUUUUUUGUUUUAACCCAUGAAGCUCUUGUUGGCUUUGAAAGCAACAACAAGUAUGAAGUUCGAAACGCCAUGGGUCAGAACGUGUUCUACGCCGUCGAGGAGAACGACUGCCUGAACCGGCAGUGCUGCGGCCCCCAGCGGCCCUUCACCAUCCGCGUCCUGGACAAUUUCGGCCAUGAGAUCAUCACCAUCAACCGGCCGCUGAAGUGCAUGUCGUGCUUUUUCCCCUGCUGCUUGCAAGAACUGGAGGUGCAGUCUCCCCCCGGGAACACGGUGGGAUACGUGAUCCAGCAGUGGCAUCCGUUCUUUCCCAAGUUUAUGGUUGCAAACGAGCACCAUGAGCCUGUGUUGAAGAUCCACGGGCCCUUCUGUGGAUGGAGCUGCCUUCCUGAUGUUGACUUUGAGAUUUUGACGAUGGAUGAAGUCAAUAAGAUUGGAAAAAUCAGUAAGCAGUGGACCGGACUCCUGCGGGAGGCUUUCUCCGAUUCGGAUAACUUUGGGAUCCAGUUUCCUCUGGAUCUGGAUGUGAGGAUGAAAGCCGUCAUGAUUGGAGCCUGCUUUCUCAUCGAUUUCAUGUUCUUUGAGACCACAAACUAGAAGCCAAACAGGAUUAUUUUUCUAAAAAUCCCUGGAAGACCAAGGCCACAAAGCCAUGAUGAUCCGUCCAGACAAUGAGCAGCCUUCGCAUGGAUAGCUAAAAGGGAACUGGAUGGGUACCGUUUGAAGGUGCAUGAACAUUUAGAGAGAACAUUUGCUUCAGUUUUAGCUUCUCAGGUUGGCUGCUGUUCAGAUAGAAGUGUGUGCAGCAGCUCCCUUUGAUUUGAUUCAUGUUUUUAUCUAUUUUCUGGAGCAAACUGUUAGCGUUGUGUUCUACUAAAGACAUUUUCCUAGUUGAGCCAUGAGUAAAGGAAAAUCAUCAAGCCAAACUGGAACAAUGUGACACAUUUACAUGAGUGUAAUUGAAAAGGAAAAGAGAAAAGUUAGUGAACAAAAUGUCCAGUGUGGAUAAACUAAUGUAAAACAAUAGUAAAAAUAGAAAAUAAGUACCAAAAAACAACUAAUGGAUUAUAAAAUUUACUAACUAAUGUUCAAACUAGAAACUGAAUAAAACAGAACACUUCUCAAUGCAAACGUGUUGAUGGACUGGAGUGGUGCAAUAACUCAAAUAGGUUAUAUUUGUAAGAUUUUAUUGCUGUUGUCCAAUUAGCCUGCACAACGACUGUAGUCUGGAGUUUUAGGUUGUGUCUGAAUUCCCCCCUAAUCACGAUAUAUAUAUAUAUAUAUAUAUAUAUAUAUAUAUUCUAGUGCUGUCUGAAUCUACUAAUUCCAAAAUCGAGUGCACUAGAACUUUCCC